AUGUCCACCGAAUCCAAAACCACAAACCGCCCCGAAGCCACCCAGGGCGGAAACGAGGGCAUUGGACACGCCUACAUCGACGCCCCCGCGGACACAAUCUACGGCUUCCACAGCCUGGAGCAGCAGAAGGACGCCGCGAGCGACAAGUACAAGACCCGCGCGAUGGCCUCGGCGGGAGAGGAGCCGCUGGAGGGCGAUAAGGAGGACACGAGCUUUAUGAACCGCAAGCCUGGGGGUGGGGAGACACUGCCGGGUUGGAAUGCGGCGAAGGAGAUGGUUACUGGGUGA